AUGUCUGAAACCUCGUCCAUGUCUUUGACAGACAGAGUUUAUAGUCAUCUUUGUCUCACCGAUGUUUCUCUCGCGUUGUUAGGGCUGUUUGUUUUCUGUUGCUUGCGUGAGAAGGUAAAAAAGAAGCAGGGGCCAACUAUAUGGCCAGUGUUUGGAGUUACUCCAGAGUUCUUCUUUAACAGGAAUGACGUGUAUAGUUGGGUCACAAGGUGUUUGAAAAACUGUGGAGGAACGUUUCUUUACCGCGGAAUCUGGCUCGGUGGCUCUUAUGGAGCUGUGACUUGUGUUCCCGCUAAUGUGGAGUACAUGCUCAAGACUAACUUCAAGAACUUCCCCAAAGGUCCCUUCUUUAAAGACCGGUUCAAUGAUCUGCUCGAAGAUGGUAUCUUUAACGCUGAUGCUGAAUCCUGGAAGGAGCAAAGACGGGUGAUCAUAACCGAGAUGCAUUCAACCCGGUUCGUGGAGCAUUCCUUCGAGACAACACAAGAUCUGGUACGUAAGAAGCUGUUGAAAGUGAUGGAGAGUUUCGCAAGGUCACAAGAGGCCUUUGACCUCCAAGAUGUGCUCUUGCGCUUGACAUUUGACAACAUCUGCAUCGCUGGUCUAGGUGAUGACCCGGGGACUCUGGAUUCAGACCUUCCUCUUGUUCCGUUUGCUCAAGCUUUUGAAGAAGCGACGGAAUCCACGCUGUUUAGAUUCAUGAUUCCUCCUUUUGUAUGGAAGACGAUGAGGUUCUUGGACAUCGGGUAUGAGAAAAGUCUAAGGAAAGCUGUUGAGGUGGUGCAUGAGUUUGUGGACAAGAUGGUCGUGGAACGCAUCUGCAAGCUCAAGGAGGAAGAAACGUUAGGCAACAGAUCCGAUGUCCUCUCAAGAAUCGUUGAGAUAGAAAGCCACAAGAAGAGUAGCGAUGAAAAAGAUCCUUCCAUAAUCAAGUUUUAUAGACAGUUCUGCACAAGUUUCAUCUUAGCCGGUCGAGACACAAGCUCAGUUGCACUCACGUGGUUCUUCUGGGUGUUACAGAAACACCCACAAGUCGAAGCAAAAAUCGUACGAGAGGUCAGAGAGAUCUUGAGACACAGAGAAACCGAGAGCCUCUUCACGGUGAAAGAACUAAACGACAUGGUGUAUCUACAAGCAGCACUCUCAGAAACCCUAAGACUUUACCCACCAAUCCCAAUGGAGAUGAAACAAGCCAUCGAAGACGAUGUGUUCCCGGAUGGGACUUUCCUAAGUAAAGGCUCACGUGUCUACUUUGCGAUCUACGCCAUGGGAAGGAUGGAAUCCAUUUGGGGGAAAGACUGUGAAUCUUUCAAACCAGAGAGAUGGAUCCAAGCAGGACAGUUUGUGAACGACGACCAAUUCAAAUACGUUGUGUUCAAUGCUGGACCUAGGAUGUGUUUAGGUAAAACGUUUGCUUACUUGCAGAUGAAGACCGUAGCUGCUUCAGUCUUGUUGAGGUACUCAAUCAAGGUUGAUCAAGAUCAUGUUGUUGUCCCUAGAGUUACCACAACCUUGUACAUGAAGCUUGGUCUCAAGGUCACCAUCUCUCCAAGGUCGCUGCAAGAGAAGAUACACGUUCAAGAUUAG